CUUGGGGAAAAAUAAUCCACAGAGAAGGGAAAUCACACACUUUCUGAAGCCUGAGACAUACCCACUCUAAUGUCUUGUAGGAAAACGGGCAUCUGUGAGAUAUGCUGAAUCUGCUGCUGUACCUACUGUGCCUGUGUACUCUGCUCAAGUACACAACUGCAGUUGCAGAGCUCAGUGACUGUACAGCUGGCGGGACCAUAUGCCAUACUAAUGCAGACUGCUUCAAAACACUUGAUGAUAAGUUUGUCUGCAUGUGCCAAAUGGGGUACAGGGGCACAGGAGUGCAAUGCCAGGACAUUGAUGAGUGUACUACUGGUCUACACAGCUGCCAUGCAAAAGCAGUCUGCACUAACACUCUUGGUAGUUAUACCUGUUCAUGUCAAAAUGGAUAUUCUGGCGAUGGAUUCCAAUGCCAAGAUAUCAAUGAGUGUCAAACUAAUAAUGGUGACUGCCAUGCCAAUGCACUUUGCACCAACAAAGAUGGAGGAAGAGACUGCAGCUGCAGGUCUGGUUUCAGUGGAAACGGUUUUCAGUGUACGGAUGAUAAUGAGUGUGCAAGACCAGGAAUCUGCCACUGGAAUGCCACUUGCACCAACAACCCUGGUUCCUACGUGUGCACGUGCAACUCUGGCUAUAAAGGAAAUGGAAAUUAUCUCUGCCUAGAUGUCGAUGAGUGUUCAGAGACACCUGGUGUGUGCUCUGCUUUAUUGGGAUAUAAAGGUUGCAAGAACCUGCAAGGAACCUACACCUGCCUCUGUAACAGUGGCUAUCAAAGCAAUGGACAGACAUGUGUGGACAUCAAUGAAUGUCAAAUCAACUUCUGCAGCCCAUUUGCUGAUUGUACUAACUUGCCAGGCUCAUAUCGAUGCACCUGUCCUGAAGGAUUUAAUGGAAACGGCUUGGCAUGUGUAGACAUCAAUGAGUGUGAUAGAAAGAACAGCUGUGACCCCAAUGCAUUAUGUACAAAUCUGCUUGGAAGCUACAAAUGUUCCUGCCGCUCUGGGUUCCUGGGUAUUGGUACAAAGUGCACUGACAUUAAUGAAUGUGCCACCGAUAACAUUUGCCCAGCCGUUGCUGCAUGUGUCAACACAGCAGGUUCAUUCUUCUGUGACUGUGGUCAAGGGUAUAACUUUACUCAAAAUCAGUGUGUAGAUUUGGAUGAAUGUGCCAUAGGACUUUGCAGUCCUUAUGCUUCUUGUGAAAACAUGCCUGGUUCAUACAAAUGCUCGUGCAUAGCUGGUUUCAAAGGUGAUGGGCUUGUAUGCGAAGACGUGGAUGAGUGCGUCACAGAAAAGCGAUGCCAUGUUAAUGCACUCUGUAUAAAUUCACCAGGGAAAUACAACUGCAGCUGCAUGGUGGGAUAUACAGGCAAUGGUGUGUCGCAGUGCACAGAUAUAAAUGAGUGUCUUGUUGAUAAUGGUGGCUGCAAAAACAGAGCAACAUGUUCCAACAGUAAGGGGUCUUAUUCUUGCAUUUGCCCCUCAGGCUUUCGGCUAGUCAAUCAUACCACCUGCCAGGACAUAGAUGAAUGUCAGCUUCCUGAAAAGGUUUGUGGCACCAACGAGCAGUGCACCAACCUGGAAGGAUCAUAUUCAUGCCAGUGUAAAGCAGGUUUCAGUCGAAUCAUUGAUGACUUCUGCUCUGAUAUUAACGAAUGUGACAUUCAGAAACCUUGUCAUCAAAAUGCCACAUGCUUGAAUUUGGUAGGCUCCUACUCAUGUACCUGCAAAAGUGGCUUCAAGGGAAAUGGUGUAACAUGCGAAGACAUAAAUGAAUGUGCACUUGGUGGUAUAUGCCAUCUACAUGCUAAUUGCUACAAUUAUAUUGGGGAAUACUUGUGUGUAUGCCACCAGGGUUUUACAGGUGAUGGUGUCACCUGUACAGAUGUAGAUGAAUGUUAUGUUUCAAAUGCUACUUGCCCAGGAAUCUCUGUAUGUGUCAAUUCGUUGGGAGCAUAUGUCUGUUCGUGUCUGAACGGGACAGUAGCAUACAACAACACCUGUGUCUUCCCUAGUCUUGAAUGUGAUCCUGCCUGCCAUCCGCAUGGACUCUGCCAUCCGUCACCUUCUGGCUUUCAAUGUGUGUGUGAUGUUGGAUUCAAAGGGGAUGGACUCACUUGCUCAGACAUUGAUGAAUGUGAAGAGAAUGUGUGCCCAGAGAAAGAGACACAAUGUGUCAAUAAUCCAGGAUCUUUUGAAUGCACAUGCAAAGAGGGUUAUUCUUUCAAUGGAACCAAAUGCACAGAUUUGGAUGAAUGUGAAUCUGGAGUCAGCAACUGCAGCAAGUUUGCACAGUGUGUCAAUACAGUUGGGAGUCACCUGUGCUUCUGUCUCAGUGGCUUCACUGGUGAUGGAAAAAACUGCUCUGACAUUAAUGAGUGCCACUUCCAAAAUGGAGGAUGCCAUCCAGUUGCAAGCUGCACUAACUCCCCUGGAUCCUUCAAGUGCACCUGUCCGCUUGGCAUGACCGGGUCUGGGUUUGAUUGUCAGGAUGUGGACGAAUGCAACGCAAACUCAACUUUGCCUCAUAACUGCAGUCUCCUCUCCACAUGCCAUAACACAGAGGGUUCCUACAUUUGCAAGUGCAUGGAGGGAUACUGGGGAAAUGGGUUUACUUGUAGUGAUCUGGAUGAGUGCUUUCCACCUUCAAUCUGUGGGAACAACAUGACCUGUCAAAACUUCCCUGGAACAUUUACCUGCACAUGCACCCUUGGUUUGGUCUAUGAUCUGGGUACCUGUGUGACUGAGAAGGACUGUAAGAAUGCAACUAAUGCAUGCAACAUCUAUGCUGAGUGCAAAAACGUCCAUGGGUCAAACUAUUGCUCUUGCAUGAAAGGAUUCCAUGGAAAUGGUAGAGACUGCAAGGAUUUAGAUGAAUGUUCACAAAUAGGAGCUUGCCCAAAUUUGUCCAACUGUUUUAACACAGAAGGAUCAUUUCAUUGUGACUGCUUGCAAGGUUACCAGUACAAUGGGACACACUGUGAUGACAUAAAUGAGUGUAGUGUAGGAAACUUUAGUUGCCCUGUCAACAGCACUUGCUACAAUGAAGUUGGAGGGUAUAAUUGUUCAUGUAACAAUGGUUUCAUCUACUCCUACAACUCUGUGUGUUUGGAUGUCGAUGAAUGUGCCACAGGGAAAGCACAGUGCCCAAAUGCCUCAAACUGCCACAAUACCGUGGGAUCGUAUUAUUGUGAGUGCUGGGAUGGGUAUAUAGGCAAUCAGACAAUCUGCGAAGAUGUCAAUGAAUGCCUGAACAAUUCUAGGUGUUCAGACCACAGUAUCUGUGUUAACACCCUAGGUUCAUUUAUGUGCCUUUGCGAUGAUGGAUUCACCCUUAAUGGUACCAGUGAUACCCAAUGUGAGGACAUAGAUGAGUGCUCAAACCCAGACAAUGGGUCAAUCUGCACUAAUGGGACCUGCCUAAACACAAUUGGCUCGUUUGGCUGUGUUUGUGAUAUGGGAUUCAGGAGCAAUGGAACUAGCUGUUUUGACAUAGAUGAGUGUUCAGGAUCACAGAAUGAAUCGAUAUGUCAACUCCACUCUACAUGUUCCAACAUCCCUGGGUCUUAUAAAUGUCACUGUGACUCAGGUUUCCUGCUUAACAGAACAGAAUGUCAAGACAUUGAUGAAUGCCUUGCAGAUGACAGUCCCUGCACUGCCAACUCUGUAUGUAUAAACUCAGUUGGGUCUUUCCGUUGUCUUUGUGCAUCUGGUUUUAAGGAGGACGGACUAAAGUGUACAGAUAUCAAUGAAUGCCUUUCAAAUGGAACCUGUCGUCCUGAUCAGGUUUGCAUCAACAAACCUGGAUCAUACCUGUGCUCCUGUCCACCAGGACAUCAAGAGGAAAGUGGUAACUGCAUCGACAACAAUGAAUGUGCAAAUAACACUACCUGCCACCCUCUGGCGAGAUGCUGGAACACAGUGGGGACUUUCACAUGCCAAUGUCGCUUAGGUUACGUUGGGAAUGGGACAUACUGUAAAGACAUUGAUGAGUGUUCCACUUCUUCCUCACGUUGCCACAAGUCAAGCAAAUGCAUCAAUACCCCAGGGUCUUAUGUAUGUGUGUGUGCAGCAGGUUUUGUUGCAUUAGGUUCUGUUUGCGUAGAUCUUGAUGAAUGUCAGGCCAAUAGAGGUAUAUGCCAUCCUGCUGCCACAUGCUACAACUCCAUAGGUGGGUUUCAAUGCCAAUGUGGCAAUGGUUGGGAUGCCUCAGUUGGAAAUGGACGUGGAAUGGGUGGAUGCAUAGACCAGAAUGAGUGUCUCUCACCCAAUGUGUGUUAUAGAAACAGAACCUGCACCAAUUUCAUAGGAUCGUACAGCUGUGCCUGCUCUCCCAGAGAUACCCACUGUUCACAGCUAUCACUGAUGGAAAGUGACCUGUAUCCAUUUGGAGAGGAAGCAGGUGAUGCCAAGUUAACAAUAACAACGGCAGAUGGAAUUUCUCCAUACAUCUUACCUCCUACAGGCUUCCUAUUCAUGGGCAAACAAUAUGAACGACUAUUAUUUUCAGAUAAUGGCCUGGUGCAGUUUCAGUCAGUCAAUGAGAAUGAAAAACUGUUGCUCCCUGCUCCAAUCCCAAAGGGGUUUCAUGGUAAUGAAAGCCUGCCUAUGUUAGCAGUGUUCUGGGAUGACGCAGACCUUACACUUGGGGAUGGAAAACUGCUAUACCAGGAAUACAGUUUCCCCAAUGUACCUGAUAUCUAUGCUUUGACAGUGUUUAACAGAACAGCACAAGACGUUAGCAGAUUUGAGUCUCAAAGGGGCAAACCCCCGUUUACUCCUAUUUGGAUACUGAAAAUCACAUGGGAUCAUGUUUUACCGGUAUCCUAUCAAAAGAUCAACUUGUCUGAGACCAACACUUUCCAGUGCAUUUUGACCACAGAUGGAUUACGUUCAUUUGCUCUGCUUCGCUACGGUGACAUGAACUGGGGUCCAGGACAAAGAACCCAUCAUGAUGCUCUUAUAGGCUACACAGAUGGCAAAAACAACUUCCAUAAUGAGAUUCCAAAUCCGCCAAACAACUUGUUCAACUCUGGAGGGCGAUAUCGUCCUCAAACUGUGACAGGUAACACAGGCGAACUGGGGAAGCUGGUGUAUGACUUGACAGGAUCUGAUAAAACCAGCUCAGAUCCACAGAGGCAAUGCCAUAUAUGGGCCUUCAGUGAGCCAGAUCCUAAAGAAUGGGCAUUAGGACUGGCAACAUGUCCCUGUACUCGUGUACAGGCACAAGAAGAUCUGGCCUUUGGCCCUGAGACUCUACCAUCAGAACAGACUGCACAAGUGAGGGACCUGAGAAGUAUGAGAUGGGGUGGCAAAAGGGGCCGUGUCGUUCAGUCCAUCCUCUUUAACAAACAAAGAGCAGGAAAGAGAUGCCUGUAUGAUCCAGAGGGACCCCUGCUGGCUGGAUACAGUGAAAGGUUCUUUACUGAAGACAAGGCACAACAACAUAUAGACAAUGAUCUACUACCCUUUCAAUGGUGCUGUGUUCAAUCACCUCUUUGUGAUGUCUACUUGGCAAAGAGACCACUAGACCGGUGCCAAGGGUAUAGCUGGAACAGCUCUGACAGCAGUAUACCUGGGAACAGGGGAGCACCAGGAAUUGGCAUGGUGUAUGGUAGUCUUCAUUUUAUUACCUUUGAUGGAAGUGAAUAUACCUUUAAAGCCGUGGGGGAGUAUGUUAUACUUCGUCUCUCCUCCAGCACGGGAUCAAACAUCUUCACUCUUCAAGGACAAACAGUGGCUCUGGUGGUCAAUGGGCAGGCCAAACAGGUACCUGCUCUGGUACGAUUAGCCGCCUUCCACCAGGGUGCUGGAAAGGUUGAGUGGCGAUGUGCUGAAUCUGGGGAUGGGCUUGCGAUCUUGGUUAAUGAUAAGGUCAUUCCUGUGUCUGUUGGAGUGGUGCAUGUAGAGGAGGAGGCCUUCGCAGUGCGCUGUACCUCUGCGAGUCGCUGUGGAGUUGUGUAUGGUGAAGGCCUGAAUGUGGUCGUUUGGAGAGGUGAUGGUGGGAGGUUGUCCGCUCUGGUGGAGGUUCCUCAGAGGUUCUACAAUCGUACACUGGGUUUGCUGGGCCAAUGGAGCUCAAACAGGAUAGAUGACUUCCUGCUUUCUAAUGGCCGUCUGGUGCCUGUUUUAAAUAACAACACUCCUUCUGAGCAGAUUCUGCUUUCCUUUGGACAGUCAUGGGCUGUUCCGGCUCCAGAGAGCCUUCUGUUCUCAGAACCUCCUAGUACUCCAUUCAAUCCGGUCAUGACCGAGCAAGUGAUGUCCUCAGUGAGCCCAGAUGUGCUGGCCAAACACAGCCAGGCUUGCCAGGGCAACAUGCAGUGUGUGCAUGACAUCCUGGCCACAGGAAAUUCAAAUCUCGGCAAGGAUGUUCUAAGAGACCAGCAGCAGCUUCAAAACCUAACACAAAUAUAUGGGAUCAUGCCACCCAUUGUGACCGAGCCACUGGUUAUCAUGUGCAAGGUUAACAGUACAGUUAAAGUUCAGUUCAAGGCCCAGGAUCCAAACAGGGACCAAAUCUUUUUUUCCCUGGCCUUGCCACGCUCUCCACAGGUCACCAUCGGCAGCAGUGAUGGUGUCCUAGUGUGGACCCCUUCAAGUAUUCAGCCAGUGAAUCUGACCAUUCAAGUGAGCGAUCAAACAUCUAGCUCAUUGAUCACACCAGUUCUGCGGCUCUGUAACUGUAUGAAUGGAGGGAGCUGUCAGUAUAACAGUGUGGCCGAGAACCUUUUAUUGGGAAAGUUCCAGAUCGUGGGAUGUCUUUGUCCAGCGGGCUUCAGUGGCAAGUACUGUGAAAACAGAAGUGAUGUGUGUAAAGGCAAACCCUGUUUUCCUGGUGCGGAAUGCAUAAGACAGAAAGAAGCAGACCUGUUUACGUGUGGACAGUGCCCUUCUCCUACUGUAUCCCAGGACAAACAAGGAUACAAAUGCUUUGAAAAUGACUUCUGCCUUCCUCCAUUCCCCUUCCCCUGCCAUGAGAUGGCAGAAUGUACAAGCACUGGCUACAAUUACACAUGUAAAUGUAAACAUGGCUACACUGGAAAUGGACAUGAGUGCAAAGAUAUUAAUGAGUGUCUGAACCCCUCUGCUUGUCCCAAUGCCAAGUUUGAAUGUGUGAACUUGCCAGGAUCAGUGCGGUGCUCAUGCCGUUAUCAGAAAACCAGAGAUACUGAUGGCUGUGGUGAAUCUGCUAAUCCAACAGGAUGGAAUGUUUUUAAUGUGUCUGUAGAUUGGGGGAGUCAGGACUCUGGACAGGGACUAAGUCAGAUGGAGCAGAUCCUGUCACUUGGUUUUCAGAAUAAGUUUUACAAUGCCAGUGCUAAAGCUCCUUCAGCUUCAGGGGGCAGCCAGAGUGAGUACAGAAUCAAUGUAUCCAGCGACACGCCACACUGGUAUGUCAUGGACUACCUGACCCGAGUUAGUCAGUACUACGGCAUCCAUUCAGCCUCUGUUGAGGACCUUGACGAAUGUAAGACAGAUGAGGGUCCAUGUUCGAAAACAGCCCAGUGUGUCAACACUUAUGGUGGUUACAGGUGCUUGUGCAAUGGCACUGAUUUAAAGGAGGAAUCCCAGUCUUGCUUUCCAGAAUGGAAAGGUAACAACCGCACAGACAUUUCCGAUGUGGAGGAUAAGAAGUCGUUCAUUUUGGGGCUGGUCCUGGGCAUCGGCAUCCCUCUUCUACUUCUGCUGCUGUUGGCAGCCCUUGCCUGCUUCUGCUGCUCAAGAAAGAAAACCAUUACUGGGGAUAUUCCUCACCUGCUGCCCGAGUACAUUCAGGAGCACUUCAACCCUCCUUUCAACUUUGAUGACCCCUCUCUGCACUAUAAACCUCAUUGCAGCCCGCGUAUCCUUGAUAACCUCACGCCCAGACACAAGCAUCAGUACAGAUAACACAGCGGACAUUUGUAUUUAAAGGAAACCCCAAAAUGAUAUUUAAUUUGAGAUAGACUGUUGACUUUUUAAGUCCUGUGUGUAAAUAAAGGUGUCCAGGAUGCAUAGCCUCAUUUUACAGGUUUUUACAGACCAAUUUCUUAAUACUUUAGUAAUUUUUGCAAAACUCUUCACACGAAGUCGUCUAUCAGCUUGGCAAAGCAGUUCAUUUCACAUUCAAAAUGCACUACAACUACCAAAACACUUUAUUCAGGUCUCAAAUAAACUCAUUCUUCCAGAACACUAGCAAAGCAAUUACCUAAAAACACUAACAACAUGCUGCAUUACACACAUAACAUUACACACAAGCACAAUUCUCUAUUUAUAAUUGCAAUAUAUAUUGUUUAUAACUGCAGUAUAUGUUACUGGAAUGAAUCAGACAUGAUGCAGAAUUCCUCAAUAUUUUAUUUCAUUUAUUUAUUAAAAUGUUUUUUUGCACUACUGUAAGUACUUUUAAAAUACAAGAGUUUGUAUACACACCAUCCACUGAUACAGAAUAGCAAUGCAUUCAAUAGCAAUAGCAAUCAGGCUGGUUAAACUGCAUUUUUAGAUUUGAUAUAUGUUUCAAUAAAAUAUUGCUGUUGAAUUUUGCUGUCUUUUUCAGUUUUGCAUUAUGUUAUUGUUGUAAACAGAAGUUUAACAGUUUUGAAAACAGUAUAUAAGCACGUGCAAAAUGUCAUUUUUAUGCUCAUUUAGGACAAAUUUAGUUGUGUUUGAAAAAAACCCACCAAGAUCU